AUGGUACUGUUCAAACGAAAACCCGUACAGUAUCUCCCACGGCCCAUUAUUGAAGACGACAGCUCCGAGGCAUGUACACUCCGUGAAGAUGGAGGAAUCAAGAGAGGUGAACAACUCGUUUCCCGAAGCGCUAAAGGGUCCCAUAUUGCGCCGGGUCCAAUUCUCGACGUGGACGAAAUAUACGAAGAAUUCAAAUCGGAAUUCUACCCUGGCGAACCUGUUCUCAUCCUGUUGGACGACAACACGCGCCUCCACGGAGUGAUUAGAGACAAAGCCAAGUUCCCCGAACAGCUGUACCCGGACGGAACCGUUAGAACUCCAGCCCAUGCGACUUAUUUGGUCAAAGUGUUGGAUCGUCCGGAUGAGGAAGCCCUGUUGGAUAACCACCACAUCACCCGUGAUAGGAAGACGUUCACCAAGCAGAUGCUUCGCGCAUUCAUUAAAAAUAACGUGACUCGAGAGUCCUGGAACGGCGCACCCUGGCUGGUUAAGCCGUCGGUUGCCGAAGAAUACAGGAUUCCUACGGAAGUGCCAAAACAUCUGCAAUAUGGAGCUAGGGUGGCUGAAAAGAAAGCGCAGAAAAAGGCUGACCAAGAGGGGUUUUUUGGUUUUUUUGCGUCCAAGGAGCUACCGGAAUUGAAGCCAGCGGUCAAGGGCCAGAAGGCGAAACCAUCUGCACAGGAUCUGGCGCGCUCAGAAGAGGCGCAAUUCCUGGAGUAUAAACGUUCCUUGAACGGGAACCCAAGCUUUCUUGUCGGUAACAAAUCCAUGAAUGGGCCUCCACGACCCUCGAAGUCGCAGGAACCGGAGAAGAACGCCCCGCCAAUCCCUAGUGUCGUGAUCAAGGCUGAGCCCCCAAGACCACCAUCGCCGCCACCGAUUAAAUACCCUAUUGAAGACCUGGAAAUACCGCCGAAUCGCGAGAAGAAGAAACAACGCCCGCCGCUGAAGUUCCUAAAGGCAAAUGAAUUUGAUGAUCCGAACGAUGAGGAUCUCUUGCAGGAUGCAAUUGAGAUGGAAUCAGUGGGGCUACUUCUCGAAACGUGGAAUACUCUCAACGUAUACUGUGAAGUAUUCCAGCUGGACUCCUUUACGUUCGACGAUUUCCUGCAGGCGAUGCGAUUCUCUUCAGAUGAAAUGGAUUGCGAGCUUUUUGUCGAGAUUCAUUGCGCGGUUCUGAAAAAACUUGUCAAUGCGGAAAAGGAUGACAACGGGGCCAUUCAAAUUUCACUUCCAGAGCUUCCAGUUGAGGAAUCAGAGGACUCUGACGAAGAUGAGGAGAUGGUGGAAGAUGAGCAAGAUGAACCCGAGGCUACACCGGAGCCUGCGGUGACACGAAUGACCACCCGUGGCAGUCUAGCAAAAGCGGAGGCAGAGGGCUUGAAGGCUACGUUGAAUGGUGAUCAUGAUUCGAGCGAAAUCAAGAGUCACCGUGCUAGCGAGAUGCUCUCCGAAUAUAGAUGGAUUGAUCGUCUACGAAAACGCGAUUUCCGCAAUGGUGGAUGGGAGAUGAUCAUGAUCGGACUCCUGCACCAACUAUCCGUCCGCCCGCGAAUGGAGAAGGUCUGCAACCAAAUACUUGAACAUCUGGCACCACUAGACCAAGAGCCCACGCAAGAUACUGCUCGCGCGCAAUACGCCGUCCUUGACGUCAACCUCCGAAUUCGAGCUCUUCAGAUAAUCUGCAUGCUUAGUUUGGAAACAAGGGCUAUCCGAAACUACCUUGAAGAAUGCAGUAAUCAAAUGACAGAGUUCCGAAAGGAGAAAAUUGAGUAUCAGAAGGCUCGCAAAGCAGCGAUGGAGGAGGUUCGUCGGCUACACCAAGAAUGCAAAGCUCUUGCACCUGAACCUGAAAAGUCGCCGAGUCCCUUACCAGAGAUGGAGCCCGCGGAAGAUACAAAGAUGAGCGGUAUGGACGGAGACUCACAAGUCGAAUCUGAGGUAGAGGGGACACCUCAGCGUGCUCUCCGUGGUGGCGUGGAUCGGGUAAUGGAGCGCAAACGGAAGCUAGAAGAAGAGCGAGAGAGGAAGGAGCAGCUUGCUAAACAGCCUAAAGGCUCGAAGCAGUAUCAGCGAUUAUUGAAAAAGCUGGAGGAGCAGAAAGCGGCCGUAAAGAAAUUCGAGGACAAGAUCGCCGUCGUCGACAACGACCUCAGAGAGGCGGACUGCCCGCGGACAAGAUGUUUAGGAAAAGACCGUUUUUGCAACCGGUAUUGGUGGUUUGAACGUAACGCAAUGCCGUACGAGGGAAUGCCUGACAGCUCGACCGCGGAGGCCAAAUAUGCUAAUGGCCGUCUGUGGGUUCAGGGUCCAGAUGACAUGGAGCGACUUGGUUUUAUCGACGUCUCGGACGAUCUGAAAAAGCAAUACCAGAAACGGUUCCAUAUGUCUCCAGCUGAGCGCAAGAAGCACGAAGAGGGACCUACGCGGCUCUCUGGGGCGCAUGAAUGGGGCUACUACGACGAGCCCGAAGCUAUUGAGAAGCUCUUGGACUGGCUUGACUCUCGAGGAGAGCGCGAGACGAAACUACGUAAGGAGCUUCUUCUCCAUCGUGACAAGCUUGUCAAGUGCAUGCAAGCGCGUCACGAAUAUCUGUCACGAACUGAAGACGACUCGGAGGAUAUACCGACUAAACGGGUAACCACCCGAAACAAAACAUAUGUGGCUGACGCCAAACAUCGAUGUUUGAACUGGCGGAACUCGACAGCUCUGGCGGACAAUGGGCAUCUUCAUGUUGAUGCGUCCAGGCCAUCCAAACGAGCGCGGAAAUCCGGCGAAGAUCUUAAGGAGGUCAAGGCCACGAAUCGGCAAGGCAAGCCGCUCACGAGGCAAGGUGGCCGAUACAACUUUUGA